AAUUUAAAACCAGCUCCGGCGACCUCGAGAGCGAGAUGGGACCUCCCGGGCUAGCCACAAUGAGCAAGUCUUCAGAGAGCCGUGGACAUCCCCACAGUGCCAGCUCCCCUUCGGAAAGGGGGUUCUCUAUCCCCGUGCCCCGGAAGGCUCCUCUCAAUACCCCUGGCACCCCGGUCCUUGAGAACUUUCCGCAGAAUGAUGAUGAGAAGGAGCGACUGGAGCGGAGGCGCUCCAGGGUCUUUGACCUGCAGUUCAGCACAGACUCACCUCACCUCCUCUCCUCCCCCUCCAGCAGGAAUGUUGAUGUUUCAGCUACAAUUCCUAAAUUUACAAACACCCAGAUUACAGAGCAUUACUCCACAUGUAUCAAGCUGUCUACUGAAAACAAAAUCACUACCAAGAAUGCUUUCGGCUUGCACUUGAUUGAUUUUAUGUCAGAGAUCCUUAAACAGAAGGACACCGAACCAACCAACUUUAAAGUAGCUGCUGGUACCCUGGACGCCAGCACCAAAAUCUAUGCUGUACGUGUAGAUGUCGUCCAUGCUGAUGCAUACAGAGUCUUGGGGGGGCUUGGCAAAGACGCCCCAUCUGUGGAAGAAGCAGAGGACCCUGGUACAGAGGGAAGCACUGCUGAAACAGGAACAACCAGAAAGGCUCCAAAACCAAAGAAGAAGCAUUCCUGCAAAACCAUCGAGCAGAAUAUAAGCAACCUCAAUGUCUCUGAAGCAGAUCGAAAGUGUGAGGUGGAUCCCAUGUUUCAGAGGACGGCAGCCUCCUUUGAUGAGUGCAGCACAGCAGGGGUGUUUCUCUCCUCCCUGUGCUGCCAGGACUACCGGAGCGAGCUGCUUUUCCCUUCCGAUGCCCAGCCUCUCUCCACUGGGGAGUCCCUUGAGCUGCCAGACUUGGGCUGGGUAGAGAUGGCAGACCUGAAAGCGCCCCUGCAGCAGUGUGUGGAAGAUCGCCAGCUCUGCCCCGCCCUGGCCGGCUUCCAGUUCACCCAGUGGGACAGUGAGACGCAUACUGAGUCUGUGUCGGCCCUGGUGGACAAGUUCAAGAAGAACGACCAGGUGUUUGAUGUUGAUGCAGAGGUCGAGGAGAGUGACAGUGGGGACUUCCUCAAUGGGCCCCUGGAGGAUGACUUUGAUGCCAACGAUGAGCCCGAGCACACUACCGCAGGGGACGACGAGGACUUCAGGAGCUGGAAGGAGCCCUGCCCGGUCCAGAGCUGCCAGAAAGAAAUGAUUUCCCUUGGGGAUGGAGACGUUCGGUCCAUGUGUACCCUUCUGUCCAUGAGACCUGGAGAAUAUUCCUACUUCAGUCCCCGGACUAUGAAGAUGUGGGCUGGCCCCGAUCACUGGCGAUUUCGACCUCGACAUAAACAAGAGGCCCCCUCCCAGCCGGAGACCCGGAAGAGGAGUACAAAGAAAGACUUCACGAUAGACUUCGACGAAGAUACUGACUUCAGCGCAUAUUUUCAAAAAACAAAGGCUGCUACUGUUCUGAGCAAGUCCACCUUGGAGAACCAGAAUUGGAAAGCUACCACUCUUCCAAUGGAUUUCCACUAUGAGGUCGAUACCCUGGUUCAGCUGCACCUCAAGCCAGGCAUGAGGCUACUGAAGAUGACCCAGGGCCAGGAGGCAGGGACCGAGCACUAUGAAGAAAUUGGAGAUUACGACUAUGACAACCCCAACGACACCUCCAACUUCUGCCCUGGGCUCCAGGCUGCUGACAGUGAUUCCCAAGAAUCAGACAACUUACUUACAGGGCAAGUUGGCACCUUUGACCUCACAUCUGAGCCCUACAGCACACCUAUGACAGCAGAAGAGAAUGGUGACAGUCCUGAGGGUCACAUCAACAUCACGUCCUAUGGGGAAUCCAACCUGGUGGCUGAGCCUCAGAAGGUUAAUAAAAUUGAAAUUCACUAUGCCAAGACUGCCAAAAAGAUGGACAUGAAGAAGCUGAAGCAGAGCAUGUGGAGUCUGCUGACAGAGCGCCCCAGGAAGGAGGCCGGCGCCGAGGUGAGCCCCGGGGAAACUGGCGCAGAAGAAGCCCUGGUGAGGGUGGCCAAUGACAAGAUGCUCAGCGGGCUCGCGAAAGAUCUGCAGAAAAGCCUGCCUGCCCCCAUGGCCCAGAACCUCUCCAUCCCCCUGGCGUUCGCCUGCCUCCUGCACCUGGCCAAUGAGAAGAACCUGAAGCUGGAAGGCCUGCAAGAUCUCUCUGACAUCCUCGUGAGGCAGGGCGACUGAGGCCCUGGCAGGAAGUGGCCACAGCAGGCCCUGUUGUCACCAGUCGGUCAGGGCUUUGGCCGAGGAAGAUGCAGGGGCCUGAAGCAAGGCUGACGCCAGCGGCUGGAGUUCCUGUCGCUCCACCCGUCACUGUCUGGGUGCUGGUGCCGUGGUUUGUCCUCUGUUGACUGCAGUUUCCAUGCUGAGGACAGAUUGGGCAGGAUGGGGAGGAUGGCAGUGUGGGCUCACGGCCCUGCCAUGUGUCCACUCCAUAUCCAGGGUCACUGUCGGUGUCCUCCCUCUGUGUUGUUUCCUUCCUUCACUUGCAGAAAAUAACUGUUCCCAAGCUGCUUACUCAAGAGCUCCCUAUGCCAUGCAUGUAAAAUACUCUCCAUGUAUACUUACAAAUGUAUAUAUAAGGCGAAAGAGAUCUUUCUGAAGAAUGUGCCUGGUGAGAUACGCGCAUGUCACUGGGGUCUGCCGUUAGCGUUGGAGCUGGUUCAGCCAGGACACAGCACUGUUAGGCAGGAAGUGCCCAAGGACACGUUGGUCUGCCCCGGAAGAGUGGGGAAGAGCAGCCGCUGCCUGGAGAGGAGGCUCCGGUGGGGCCCGUGAUUACCCACCUUAGGCAGUGCCUGCCAGUCAUUCCAUGGGUCACUUUGGCCUUCUCCACACCCGUGGAAGGAGCAUGCUGUCGCUGCGCCAUGUCAUGUGAAGCACACAAGAGAAGUCACCUAGAGGCAACCUGCCCUGGAGCCUUGGGUCCUGGCCACCAUGCCACGUGCUGCUUGAAGAGCAGUGAUCGGCAGCUCCUCGGGUCAGAGCUCUCACGAACCUAAAAUUUCUUCCAAGGAACCUGUCCUCGGUGGUCCUGGCCCCACCAAGGCAGCAGGGUGUGUAACUGGUGAUCUUAUUGGAGGUGUGGGGGCUCAGACUUGGGACCUUGCUCUUCCAGGUGGUGCUGCAACACGGAGCUAUGGCCCUGGCCCAAAGUGGAGGUUCUGGGUUUGUUUUUUUUUGUUUUUGGAGACAGGGUCUCACUA